AUGUCUUUUUUCGACGAAGCUCCGAUGGUUAUCCAUAUUCGUUUAUCAUCACCAAUCAUUGAAGUAGCUCCAUAUCCUUCAUUAAAUUAUAUUCAAUAUCUUGCUAAUGGUCCACCUUUUAUACCAAUUUGUCAAAGUCAUUUCUCAAAUUUACCACUUACUACUCGACUUACAAAACAAUAUGAUGCAUUUGUUAAUUGCUUUAAAAAUAGUUUUUAUGACAAUCGCAUAUCGAGUUCUGAUCAACGAGCUAAUGACUUUUUUGCAUCAAUCAAAGAUCUAUUGUUAAUAUCUCAUACAACACCAUUACCAUCUAAAUUAUUAGCUCGUGCUCGAUACGAACAACAAAUGAUACAGACUAUUAAACACACUCGAAAUAAACAUAAUAUUAUCAUACAACGAUCAGAUAAAAGUAAAGUAUUUCAUUUAGCAAGUGCUAAUAGUUAUCAUGAAAAAUCGCUUGCAUACAUGGAAAAAACACAAGCUUAUCAAGAGAUUCAAAGUGGUAUUAAUCCAAUUAACGAUCACUAUGAUCACAUUUUAACAAUACUAAAGCCGUUAUUAAACAAGAAAGUAAUUAAUUUUAGUAUUUGGAAACAAUACAUGUAUCCAAAUAUUCAAAAAAUCGAAUUGCCACAUCUUUAUUUUAUACCAAAACCACAUAAAAUUGGUACACCAUUGAGACCAAUUAUAUCAAUGAUACGAUCACCAGCUAUAGGUGUAUCACAUUUCUUAGAUCAAUGUCUUCGUCCAAUAUUUGAUCAAGCAACUAGACAAACAACAUUUAUUAAUGAUAUUCAUUUUGUUCGACGACUCGAAUUCUAUUCUAGUAUUGGUCUUCUAACACCAACAACAAAUUUUAUUACAUUUGAUGUUACUGACCUUUAUACAAUGAUACCAAGACAUGGAGCACUUAUUGCAUUAGAAGAAUUCUUAAAUGAACGUGCAACAAAUGGUCGAAUCAAUGGGAUGACAAUCAAUACUCUUAUGAAAUUAGUUGAAGCAGUUUUGGAUACUAAUUCAUU